AAGAAAAAGGGCUAAGAUGUUUAUGGAUUUUGGCGAUGUGUCAAUAAACUGUUGUCCGUCAAUUUAAUUCCGUUAAUUGUGUUUAAUUAACUGGACAAUUUACGCCAAUUGUUUGGGUUAAUUUUCUUCUGCCAAAAGAAUUUCAAUCAAUUCGAUUCUCAGUGUUUUCUGUCAUCACUUUUUUCUCUAUUCUCACGUGUUAAUGUCAUCAAAUUCUUUGGUGUGUUUGAUUGUUUUUCGCAAUUUCUUAAACUCUUUCCAUCUUAUUAGUCUCUUUUCUUGUUAAUUGUGACAAUUAAAAGAACAAUAUUCCAUUGUUAAUGUGAUAACCUUCAAUUGUUUGGAUUUGUUGUUGUUUUUACUCUGAUUGAUCUUCCAAAACCAAACCUUAGGAAUUGUUUUCUUUUUCUUGGUUCUUUGUUGUUUCUUUUUUUCUUUACACUUUCACUUGUAUCAAUUUCUCCCUCUGUGUUGUAUUUAUUAAGGUGAAAAGAUGUUAUCGUCUGUAUGACCUUUGUGUUUAUACUGAUUAGGAAGAGGAGGUGACCUUUGACAAUUAUGCCAUGGGUGAGGUGGAUAAAUUGAUCGCCGAAAGGGAUAACCUUAAAGAGGAAAUUGAGAGACUUCAAGAGGAGAUUAACCUUUCAGCCAAAGAGAAACAUCAAUCUGCUCAAUUGGGUCUUCAUUUGUUGGAGGAGAAAAGUAAACUUCAAACUCGAUACGAUGAAUUGGAAUCGCUUCAUGAAUCAACCCGAUCAGAAUUGGAGACACUUCGAGAUGCAUUUACUUCCUUUCAAACUCGACAAAAGGCUUCAGUUGACCGAGGAAUUGAACAAGAGGAGAGUUUACUUGAAGAAUCGGCCUCGAAAGACGCUAAAUUUGCUACCGUUUUACUUGAACUUGAACGGGAAUUGAAAUCGGUUCGAGCUGAAUUGGCUCGGGUUGAAGGGGAAAAGGAGAGAUUCCUAUCUGAACACAAUGAGUUAACCAAACAAUUGGAGAUCGUUGAAUGGGAAAGGAAAAACAUGAAAAUGGAGAUCAAAGAUUUGAAAGCUCGAGAAUCUCGACUCUCAAGUGAUAUCAAUGAAUUGGAAGAGGAAAACAUUUACCUUCAGAAAACAGUUUCCAAUCUCAAAUCUAAUCAGAUAGAAUAUGAGACAGUUAAACAUGAUGUUGCUCGAUUACAGGACGAAGUUGAUCUUCGAAGACUUCAGGUAGAAGAAUUUGAAACCUUAAAGAAUAUCGCUGAGAAACACAUGAAGGAAGCAUUGGAAGCCCUCGAAUCGGAACGGGAACAAAAAUAUGAACUUAAAAAGAAACUGGAUGAAAGAUGUUCCGGUGAACCGAAAUUCAAUGUUACCAAUAUUGGCCUCAAGUUUCCGGGAAUUUUUGAUGAUCAACUCACGACAACCGAUGCGUCUGUUGGUAAAGUUGAUGAAGAUGACGAUGGAUCAAUACCAUUAUUACAUCAAUUGGAAUCUGAUAUGAUUAAAGCUCGAAACGAGGGAUUGGAUAAUGAUUCUUACAGUUACGAUGAAUCUCAACCAUCAUCACUUUUUGGUGAAGUUCAUCUGACUGAGAUUAAGAAAUUAGAGAAAGAUCUUGAAUCAGCUGAGAAUGAGAAGAAUCAAAUUACCCAGAAACUCAAUGAGACUCAUGGAUUAUUGGAAUCGACGAAAUCUGAACUUUUGGCCCACCAAUCGCGAUUAUCCAAGUUAACUAAUCAUAUCAGCGGGAUAAUUACCAGUGAAGGUGCCGAUCUAAAUAUGAUUAGCUCAUUUGAAGGUGAAUUCCCUGAAUUUAAACAAUUUAUCGGCCAAUUGUGUGAUAAAAUCCGUCGAUCAAAGGAAACCCCUGAAGGAAGAGAUGAACUUGAUGAGAUUAAACGACAAUUACGAGAAUGUGAAACUCUUCGAGAUGAACUUUCCUCUGAUCUUGAUUUUCUCAACAAUUUAGCCGAAAAUGCAACCAGCCAAUCGUCAGGUACUCUUGAUGAUCUUAACAGAAUUUCGGAACAAUUAGCUAUUCUUUAUUAUCACAUUUGCUCAGUUUCCGGAGAAGAACCUGUUCGAAUUAUCUUGGACCAUGCAAAAGAGUUCGAAGUACCUUCAAUCCUACGAACAGAAAAUGCAAUGAACGAUGAGCGAAGUUAUAAAAUUUUGGACACUCUAAAAUCGGGAAUAAUGACCUCAUGUGAAUGUCGUAAAACAAUGGAAACAAUUGACGAUCAAAUGAAACAUUUAGAUUGUGCAGUUGAAUCAAUUAUCGAUAUAAAAUCAGCAACCACUCGAAUUAAGAAUAAAUCUGAGGCCAAAUCUGAAUCAACGAGUAAUCAACAAAACGAUCAACAAAACUCCCUCACCUCCGAUUUAACCGGAAGUGGGUCACCUUCAAUUCGAGGUGAUGCUCAAGAAGAAUUGAUUAAAUUGAAAGCUUUACUUGCCACCAAACGUGAACAAAUUGCGACCCUUCGAACUGUUCUAAAAACGAAUAAACAAUCUGCCGAAGUGGCCUUGGCUAAUCUAAAAUCGAAAUAUGAAAAGGAAAAGGCCGUUGUUACCGUUACAAUGAGCAAAUUAAGGAAAGAAUUGAAAGCGUUGAAAGAAGACGCGGCCACUUUUGCUUCACUUCGAUCAAUGUUUUCCGCUCGAUGUGAAGAGUAUGUCGCCCAAAUUGAUGAGCUUCAGCGACAAUUACGAUCAUCUGAUGAUGAAAAGAAAACGUUAAAUUCACUGCUUCGAAUGGCGAUCGUUCAAAAGUUGACCGUUACCCAGAAAUUGGAGGAAAUGGAAAUGGACCGAGAACGAAACAAUUACCCAUCACUUUCAAAUAGCGGCAAUAAAAUUGGACCUUCCAAAGACGGAGCCUACCGAAUGAACUCAUCCCGAGGCCAUGAUCGAACUAGAACUUUAUUCGUUCGACAUUUAGGUGAUCGUCGAACUCCAUCUUCGCCAAAUCAUCACAAUUACACCAACAAUAGAUCUCGAAUGGAUCGAGAUAACAAUUAACCAAAUCGUUACCACAAAUCACCAAAUGAACAAAAAACUUUCAUUCAUCCACAGAUUUUGAUUACAAUUAAUGUUCAUUAACUAAUCUGAUUAAUUCAAUUUCCCAAACUUGCAGGUAAUCAAGAUUAUUGGGAUUCUAAUUUUAAUUUAUUUUACAUUCACAUACAAAAUUAAUUAAUGUGCCAACGAUUCAACAGAUGAUUGGUCAGCCAAAAGGGUCAACAAUUAACGACAAUUAACCCUCUUUCCAAACUUUGUCUAAUUACUUUUUUCUUAAUUACAAAAGUUUAAUUUUAGUCAUUGAUGUAAACUGUUGAUUGUUGCCAUUCAAAGAACCGAUUUUUUUUGUUCUUAAAUCAUUUACACGAAAAACUUUUAAUUGUCAACAAUUAAUUUAAUAGUAAUUAUAACUUGGGAACAAUUAAUAAGAAACUCUCAAUUUCAAUUGGAAGCUGUUUAGAAGACAAUUAAACAUCUCAAUCAAAUUGAACACUUUCUUUUCCAUGGUGGUUAAUUGUUUGUUAUCCUUUGAUUACAAUUAACGAUGACAAUUUAAUCAAUUUCUUCAAUCAUUCUUUUAAAAGACUUGAUCUACUUAAAUCAUUGUCUUUUCUUGUGUCAAUCAAGUUAUUCCUCGAAUUUUAUUAUUAUUAUUUAACAGAUCGAUAAUUAUAUUAAUAUUCUGUAAAUAUUAUCUUUGUUUAGACAAAUUUAAUUGUUUUACAUUGGAACGUAAUUUUUAAUCAUCUUAAUUAAGCAACUUUUAUGCGAUUAACAAUUAAAUCUAAUGAUUUUUCAACGCA